AUGGCGCGUCUCGCUGGCGCUUGGUCUCUUAGUGCAGCCAUCAGCAUCGAGAGUGGGAGCGCCAACGACGGACAGGACCCAUGCGCAGAGGGAGCAGCGGGGCUGGGAGUUGACGGUGCUGGCUGCAACGACUCCUUCGCGCUGGUACGCUUGCAGCUCGCGACAUCAGGGUGGGGGCUGACGGCGCUGGCGGCAACGGGAGGCUGCAACGGCUCAUCCACAUGGCACGCUGUCAAUUCCGGUUUUCUAGCGGGAGCUGACGGCGCUGGCUGCAACGACUCUCAUCCACGUGCGCAGGAGUCUACGGCGCUGGCGGCGUCGAUUGCUCCUCUCUCUUGGAGCUGCGGGAGAGGGCGGGAGCCAACGGCGCUGGCGGGACAACAACGCUGGCGGGGACAACGACGCUGGCGGGACAACAACGCUGGCGGAAACAACGGCGCUGGCGGGGACAACUACGCUGGCGGGGACAACUACGCUGGCGGGGACAACGGCGCUGGCGGCGAGGAGCUUGGAGGAGGAGCGUUUCCGGAGAUCAAGACUCUCGAAGACAAUGUGAAGUUUACACAGAUGCUCACGAUGGUACCUCAGCUGGUGGGCGACCAUACAGCCCUGCUGGGAGUGCUGGCACGGGGAGUGAGGGAGUGCUCUCUGCGGCCGCUAGUGGGGAGGGAACUUGACCUAGACCCCUUCUUGGACAACAUGGGAGUCGCUGAAGUGCUCUCUCUGCGGCCGCUAGUGGGGAGGGAGCUUGACCGGAUCCCUUCUUGGACAACAUUGGUGGAACAUCAUUUGAAGAAGGCACACGAGGAGGGGAAGACAGCCUCUCAGGCGACCUCCCCCCCUGUUACAAUCACAGUCUUCAGGGGUCUCAACGAAAUCACAAUCAAGGUGUUGGAUCAGGGAGGGGGCAUUGCAAACGAACUCAAGGAAAAGGUGUGGAGCUACGGCUUCUCGUCUCUGGAUGAAAAUGCAGAUGCAGGCCCACCUGCAGCCCUCUGGACUCCCACGGCAGUCCCAUGGCCAGACUCGGGUUCGGCCUUCCCCUCUCCCGCCUGCACGCACAGUACUUUGGGGGAGACAUAG